AGUGAGUUUUUGACGUUGAAAAUGCUUGAAACGACCUCGCCAGGAAUAGCGUGGACGGCUGAGUAUGGGAGGCUCCACAGGAGAGCGGUUGCAUUCACUGGUGACUUCCAACGUGCUCCGCCUGGUCGCGGCUAGUUGAGGUUUUUGCCUCUAGCAAACGAGUCCGAGCACAGACUUAGAACGACUGGAAUAGUGAUAGGAAUAUCCGAGGAAAAAUGUUCAUGAACGGUUCGUCGUUCGAUGACGACACCCCCUCUCGGGGCGGAUCAAGGGGGAGAAAGGGUGGGGGCCGCGAUGACGACGUGUCAAACGCGGUGGAGGUGCUCACGCUGGACGACCACCGCACCGGAAGUGGUGGGAUGUCCGCUCACCCGAAUUCCCUUAAGGACGACGACUUGGAAGGUGAACUAGGAGGGGCGGAAUACCUUUCAGGUGCCCGCUCCAGCGUCAUCCAGCAGCAACGCGAACUGCAGAAGAAAAAGCUCCAGGAACGCAUGGGAGGGGGUACGACGAAGUCGGAUGUUGGCCUUGGCUUUAGAGAUACUUAAUGUCAAAGUCUGUAUGUGCAGGUGUUGUACGCACUUCCCUUCCCAAACAAUACUCUGCUCCGCGAUCGAUGGAUGUCGAUGAAAGACCUUCACGCUUCGGUCGAGACGACGACGAGCUAGACAAUGACUCAUCACGAGCUUCUGGGCGUCGUGCAGGGUCUUCGCGGCAAAACGCAAGCAGCCGCGGCGGCUCUGGGGGCCAGUCGUACUCUCGUCGCAGCCGCGGCGAUUCUGACGAUGAUGAUGACCGACGCUCGAGUCGUCCUGGUGGCUCACGUGACUGGGAUCGAGACCGUGACCGUGAACGCGAUCGGGAUCGCGACCGAGACUAUGACAGGGACUACGAUCGUGAUCGUGGAGGCAGCCGUGAUCGAGACCGCGACCGAGGCGGACGAGGCGAUCGCAGUUACUCUCGUGACCAAGAUCGCGACCGAGGUCGGGCUCGGGACCGUCGCAGUGACAGCGAUGAUUCGGAUCGUGAUCGCUCGCGAACCCCCAAAGGUGCUCGCAGCGGAUCUCGCCGUGGCAAGGAAUAUGACGAUGCUCCAUCCAAGAGUUCCAAACGUGGAUCAGCCAACAGCGGUCGUGGAGGGCGUGACGAUGACGACGACGAUCACCGUGGCGCCUCGGGUGGCCGUGGGGGAUUCGUACGCAACGUGAAUACACGCGGACGUUCUGACUCCCGCUCACGGUCACGGUCUAGAUCUCGCUCGCGAUCUCAGUCCCGAUCAGCAUCGGAUGCUUCGUCGGACGAUGAUCGCAACCGGCAUGCACCCACUUCUCCAUCGAGUGGACGUGACGGUGAUAAAGGCCGAGCUGCCACUGCAAAUGUGCGGAAGCCGAAACUUGACAUCACGGACAUGCGUGCGUUCACCAUGCGCCCCAUUCCCAAGGCCUACGAUGUGGUGGAGUGCUACAUUGAGCGCAACAAGUCUGGCGCGAACAAGAUGUUCCCUGAGUACUGUUUGUACAUGAAGGAGGGUGACCGCUUCUUGCUCACGGCGAAAAAACGCCCGAAGAACCGCACCAGUAACUACCUCAUCUCACUACAGCGUGGAGAUUUGCUUCGACGUGGCAGUGACAACUACGUGGGCAAGCUACGUGCCAACUUCUUGGGCACCGAGUUCACGAUCUAUGAUAACGGCUCCAACCCAAAAGAUGCCGAUCAACAGACUAUCACGAGCAAUCCUGCAGGUAUUCGUCAGGAAUUGGGCAUUGCCAUGUACGCAGCCAACGUGUUGGGACACCGUGGGCCAAGGAAAAUGAAGGUUUGUGUUCCUCGUGUGCGUGAGGACGGCACACGCGUUGUCUGGAGACCACUAACCAAGGAAGAUGAGAUGGUUAACAAGUGUAAAGAGCAAGACCACACGAACCUUACGUACCUUAUUAACAAGCCUCCGCGCUGGAACGACCAAGUAUGCGCCUAUGUACUUAACUUCAAUGGCCGCGUGACCAUGGCUUCUGUCAAGAACUUCCAGCUCGUGACUCCAGAGGAUCAAGAGACUGUCGUGCUCCAGUUCGGACGAGUCGGCAAGGAUCUCUUCACUAUGGACUUCAGAUGGCCACUAUGCCCCCUCCAGGCCUUCGCCAUCACACUCAGCAGCUUCGACUCGAAGCUUGCUUGUGAGUAAAAGACCAGGAGAAGUAUGGUUGCUAGCAUGAGCGUUAGCGUGAAGGUCGAAACGUACAUAUUGACACCUUGAAUUCUGCAUAAACUACUGCAUCUAAGCAUAAUAAAAAGCUCUCAACUUUCUCCUUGUCAUUCGUGUUGCUCC